CUGAUAUUGAGCAAUGAUCUUGAAACUGGUAUCAUAACGAAUAAAAGUGCAAUGGAUAUCGUUCAAGUUGGCAGAACAGAAGUUCGAUUGAUAUCGUUGCGUUCCAACAUCCAGAAGUGGCAUCUCUAUACCGGAAAGCAACAAAAAAGAUGCUCUCAAGUCGCAAGAACCUCCUUCAAUGGACCGCAAUGUCCAUAAUCCUCAAGCUCUCGAAUCCCCAAGCCCUCACAUCCACAACUCCCUCUAUCUCCGCGUCAAUUGCUCCACUCGUUACCAGACUCCUUAGACUGUGCCCAAUCCUCUCUCGUCAUUCUUGGGUGCCUCUAGUGAUGUAUGCCCUGAACACUUACCUGGACAGAAAAGUCAUCCAGUUACCGCUCCCAAUCCGAACUAUGUUUGCUGUACCUGGACGCCCGGGCAUUUGCCUUCGAAUUCCAGUCACAGAGUGGCUGUUUUACACUCCUGAACCCCUCUACUUGCCGCCAUUUUGCUUCUUGGACGUGUGCGUUGGCCGGAAUGGCAUCACCGGAGAUACAACCUCUUCAACUUAUGCUUCCCGGAGUGCGGGAGCAUCGUGAACCUCUAUAGCUUCUGCUUCUUCUUGUCUCCUAUAAAGUGCCAAGUAUUCCUCUGUCUUGUGGUUGUCAGCUUCUCUAGUCUUCAUCACACUGCAGUUCAUCUGGCCUACAUUCAUAAAUCCAAUUGAACUACAACUCCUCUCAUCAUAUACUCGUUACAACCAACGAACACAAUGGAUUACCAGAACUUCCAGAUGAAUCCGGA